ACUGAUCGCUAGGCUUUUCGAAUAUAAUUUCCGUAAAAAAAGAUAUCAACAAUCUUAUACAAAUGAGCAACAGAAUGAAAAUCAUCAAAAAAAACAAUUUAUUCUGUUAAAUAUAGUUUUUGUUCAGUUUUAGUAAGUCAGAAACAUUCGGUCAGAGCAAAAGUGGCUUAAGUUUUAAGCAUGUUAUCUACGAGAGUUGUGAUUUUAACAUUUUUCUUAUUCUGUGUCUCCUAUGUGUUUUCGUACAAAAAUAAUGGUGAUUCAGAUGAUAAAAGUGCUCUACCGCCUUCAAAUGAUAGCCAAUUGAUAUUUGCCCACGUUCUAUAUCGUCAUGGCCAUCGAAAUAUCUUUAGUCGUCAAAAAAUUUAUCCAAAUGGCCCAUACAUUAAUGAGACUCAUUGGCCUGGUGGAUUUGGAGCACUCACAAAUGAAGGUAAAAGACAGCAUUUCACAUUGGGACAAUAUUUCCGAAGAAGAUACAACAAGCUUCUUGGCGAUAAAUAUUCACCAAAAAAGGUGUACGUGCGUUCGACUGACAUAGAUCGCACCUUGAUGUCGGCACUUGCUAAUUUGGCUGGCCUAUUUCCACCACACGCUGAAGAGAUAUGGCAUGAGGAUAUUGCAUGGCAACCGAUACCAGUUCACACAAUGCCCCUUAAAUUGGACUAUGUGUUGCAUGGGAGUAGUAAUUGUCCAAGAUAUUCUGCUGCUUUCGAAAAAUAUCAAAAUGAAUCACCAGAAGUGUUGCGAAUACUUAAAGAAAACAGAGAAAAUAUCUUAUAUUGGUCGAAAAUGUGCGGAUCGAAUUUAACCACCAUUGAUGAGAUUGCCGAAUUAUAUUUGGUACUAAUUGUUCAAAUGCAACAUAAUAAAAUACUUCCUGAUUGGGUACAAAAAGCAAUCGAACCAAAUGGUACCAUGGAAUCCAUUGCUUCUUUUCGAUAUAAAAUGAGAACGAAUACUAAAGAAUUAGCUCGACUACAGUCUGGAUUUUUGAUUAAAGAAAUGUUCGAACAUUUCGCACAAAAGAUAAACUCAACAUUGGAGCCAAACCGUUCGGUUUGGUUUUAUUCUGCACAUGACCACACAAUUUCCAAUUUAAUGAAUAGCUUUGGACUUUUCGAGCCUCAUGUGCCACCAUUUGCAUCGAGUGUACAUUUGGAAUUAUACAAAGUUGGCGAAAAAGAGCACUACAUUCAAAUCUUCUACAGAAAAUCGGGUGAAGAAAUCCUUCUGCCAUUGAAUAUACCGAAUUGUGGGGAAAAGUGUUCUCUGGAUCAAUUGUAUAAAUUGUACAAUGAUAUUAUACCUGAUCGUGAUCAUGACACUGAAUGCCGCCUUCCCAAGUAGAUACGGCUGAAAAUGUUUUUGAUCAGCGAUUCAAAAUGUGUAAAUUUGUUGUUUAAUGUUCGAAACUGAUAGCACAGUUUUUCUAAAUCUCAAUUUUUACGGCUUGUU